UGAGACCUCACAACUGUCAGUCAACUCCACGAUAUGGGCGGCGAAUUUGGAGCAGCGCAAUACGCGAGCUCCCAAAUAGAAGAAACCUUCGGUAAUCUCAAACAACGACUGAUUGAGCAAGGUGUUGGGCCAAAAAUCUGCUUUUCUCUCUGACUCUGAAGGAAACUGUAACGGUCCUCCGGUCCACUUCUGUCACCUCAGUCCCACCUGGACUGACUGGCUUGCGAUUUUUUCUUUGCCCAGCUCAUAACAACAUAAUUAAAGCUUCUCAUCGCCUUGACAACAUACGUUAGACAAACUUCUUAGUGUGGAGCAACUGGAGUCGCUUCCAAGCGAUCGGGCUACCCUGCGACGGAUCACGAACGACUGGGAGAGAUAUAAAAACUGAAGGCUCUCUGUUCUCUUUCAACAAAUCAACUCACCUACCAGCCCUCACCAAUAGCCACUCGUUUUACCCAACCGUCGCUCAUUAUCAUGUUCUCCAUCUCGCAAAUCGCCCUCACCGCCGCCGCGUUCGCUGCAUUCACCACCGCUGCGCCCAUCGAGCACUUCCCCAAACGGGACUUGAUCGCUCUUCCCGCGAUCCUCAUUCAGCUGUCUGUGGACCUUGCCCCGGUCACUGCUAGCCUAUCUUCCAUCACAUCCGCCAAUGCCACAGCGGCAGUCGUGCAGCCGAUCGCUCACCAGCUCUCAACAAUCUUGAGCGGCGCUGUCUCUGAUGUCUCGGCCCUUGCCGGCAGUCCUCUGGAUGUCGUGCUGGCCACCACCAACGGUGUCCUCGGAGCCACGCAAACCGCUCAGCUUGUCGCACCUGUGGUUCAGAUGGUCUUGGGCUCUGCUCAAAGCGUACUCAACGUCGCUGGCUCUACCGGUGCAGUCUCGGUCAUCCAGCCUAUCCUGAAUGACGCACUUUCGGUUGUCAACCCCCUUCUGUCUACGGGCCCCCUCUCUCCUAUCGUCAACGGCCUCCUUGUUGCGCUGGUCCCGGUGCUGACCCCGCUCACCGGGAUCCUCAACGUUCUCGGCCUUGGAUCGGUCAUGAGAUUGGUCAACUCCGUGGUCUGAGUCACGGCUUCUUGAUCCCAAUCCUGCUUUCAUUACCCAAUAUCACUCAAACGUUGUGAAUAUAUUGAUACCUUCCCGUCCCGGCUUUCCGUCACGUUGAUAACUUCAGCGCUCUCAUUCGGGGCAUGGCGCUCAGCCUCUUUUGUCCUGUCCUAUUUCUCCCGAAAUCUCCGUGCUGAACGCGCUGGGUUGAAGUUUGUUCCGUCUCAAUGCUGGCUGCGGACGAUACGAAUCCCGAAACCCUCCGUGAACGCCAGUCAAGGCGGCCGGUGGAACGACUGAGUCAGGCGACGAGCCUCAAGCGGCGUUCGCCGCAGGCGCUGGCUCCUAUUUCUUCGUGCAGUCCUUUUAGCUAGCUCAGUCAGAUGGGUGCUGAAGCGCUGGAGCCGAGUCUCGGCACGAGCUUGCGCUUUCUCUGAUUGAAUUAUCAG